AUGAUGAAUGCAGUUGACAGUCUAGAAGUUUUCUCAGAUCCAGAAAGUGAUUUAGUGACGUACAGUGGUGACGAGUCUGAAAUUGAAGAUGAUAAUGAUGUAAACUCAUUAGGUUCAGUGCGACACAUCCCUAAACUUGAGUUGCCAUCAACUGUGACAAUUCUUGACACGGAGCAUGGCAGUAAGGUCUAUAUUGUAGGUACAGCUCACUUCAGUCUUGAGAGUCAAGAAGAUGUGGCAAAGACUAUCCAGGGUGUGAAGCCCAAUAUUGUAAUGGUUGAGCUGUGCAACAGUCGUGUCAAUAUCCUGCAACUUGAUGAGGAGACUCUGUUAGAGGAAGCCAAAAAUAUCAACUUGGAAAAAAUCAAACUCUCAAUUAAGCAGAGUGGAGUCGUUCAAGGUUGCUUACAUUUGCUGCUGUUAAGUUUAUCAGCGCAUUUAACUAAAGAACUUGGAAUGGCACCAGGUGGAGAAUUCAGACGAGCCUUUAAAGAGACAUUGAAUAUUCCUGGGUGUGACUUUCAUCUUGGUGAUCGACCAAUUCAAGUGACACUUAGAAGAGCCCUACAGUCGCUGUCUUGGUGGCAGAAAUUACGUCUGGCCUGGUUUUUGAUCACAGCCAAAGAACCAAUCACGAAGGAAGAUGUUGAAAAGUGUAAACAAAAGGAUUUACUGGAACAGAUGUUAAAAGAGAUGACUGGUGAAUUCCCUGCAUUGAGUCGUGUAUUUGUUGAAGAGAGAGACAUUUAUUUGGCUCACUCACUCAAGAAUCUUUCUAAGCCAGUGCCUUUGAAUGAGGAUCCUGAAAAAAUUUUGUGCCCUAUUGUUGUGGGUGUUGUCGGCAUUGGCCAUAUUCCUGGCAUUGUCAAUAAUUGGGAUAAAGACUGCGAUAUCAAAGAAAUAAUGAAAUGUCCGCCACCAUCUGUGAUUGGUCGCUUGUUCCGUUGGACAUUCCGAGCAAGUCUAAUUGGUUUAUCAACGUUUGUUUCACCCAUGUCUUUUCUGGGGUUUUUUUUUCUCUCUCUCUCUCUUUUUUUUAUGUCAUUAUUUAUCAUUGUUGAUCCCAAGAAAGCCAAACAAGGCUGUAACCCAGCUUGUAUUGAUCAAGUAGAAGCUCUCAACAUGGUGGUCACAUGUUACAAAUUCAUCAGACAUGCUUGUUUAGCUUUCUUUCUCCAUUUUGAGACUUUCCCAGUCCAUUUUGGGUUUUCUUUUUCAUUUUUUCCCUCUCUCCAUUUUGGGCUUUUUUCUUCCAUUUUGGGCCUUUUUUAUUUAUUUUUCUUCCAUUUUGGGCCUUUUUUAUUUAUUUUUUUCUUCCAUUUUGGGCCUUUUUUAUUUAUUUUUUUCUUCCAUUUUGGGCCUUUUUUUUUUUUUUUUUUUUUUUUUUCUCUCUCUCUCUCUUCUUUGGCUGCUUUAUUUAUGUUUCAGUCAUUCUGCCAUCAGCCAAUGAAAUUCUUCCACGCAAGUCUAUUACACCAUUGGGUUUAUUUCUUAUAG